GUGCCCGUAUGAGCAGCAGUCCAGCCUGGUGGCUGGCGACAGGAUACCCGCGUCUGCAUGCUGAAGAAGAUGGGCGAGGCAGUGGCCAGAGUUGCGAGGAAGGUCAACGAGACGGUGGAGAGCGGCUCGGACACCCUGGACCUGGCUGAGUGCAAGCUGGUCUCCUUCCCCAUCGGCAUCUACAAGGUCCUGCGGAAUGUCACGGAGCAGAUCCAUCUCAUCACACUGGCCAACAAUGAGCUCAAGUCCCUCACCAGCAAGUUCAUGACCACGUUCUGCCAGCUUCGAGAGCUCCGCCUGGAAGGGAACCUCCUGCAUCGCCUCCCCAAUGAGGUCAGCACCCUGCAGCACCUCAGGGCCAUCGACCUGUCCCGGAACCAGUUCCAGGACUUCCCCGAACAGCUCACCACGCUGCCCGCGCUGGAGACCAUCAACCUGGAGGAGAACGAGAUCGUGGACGUGCCCGUGGAGAAGCUGGCCUCCAUGGCCGCCCUGCGCUGUGUCAACCUCCGCUUCAACCCUCUGAGCGCCGAUGUGCGAGUCAUCGCGCCCCCCCUCAUCAAGUUCGACAUGCUCAUGUCUCCAGAGGGUGCCCGGGCCCCCCCGCCUUAGGUCCCCCUUCACGUCCACCCAGCAGGGGACAGAGGCCCUGGUGCCCCUGGGGGCGGGGGGUCGCAGAGACCCCUGGGAGGCCAAGCUUGGGGGGCUGGGGGCAGGCAGAGCAGAC